AUGGCCUCAUCGUUUCUUACUGGCCUUGGAGAAGGAACGGUGAGGGAUUUGGUUGGUAGAGAGGAUUGGCUUCCUCGGGGUGAUUACCCCUCUUUGAGUAGAUUACUUAUGGGCUUGGCCAACCAUACGGGGCCGGGGGAGGAUCUAAAGCGGUGGAGAUUAUCCUCUAAUGGGGUGUUCUCGGUUAAGUCUUUUUAUUCCUUCCUGGUUGAUGGGGGAAUUCGAUGUCCCUGGACGCCCGUCAUCUUGAAGGGGAGCUGUCCGAGAAAGGUUAACCUAAUCAAUUGGUUAGCCUGGGAGGAUAAGAUUCUCUCCUUGGAAAAUUUAGCUUUAAGAAGAUGUAAUCUGCUACCGUCAACCACUUGUGUGAUGUGCCACUCUAAUGUAGAGUCUACUAAUCAUCUCUUUCUCCAGUGCCCUGUUGCUUUACAUGUGUGGGGUUUCUUUGGACACCUGUUUGAUGUCAGAUCGAAUCCUUCUUCCAUGAGAGACCUGUGGGGUAAUUGGCGAAAGAAUAUUAAGAGGCCUCUAUCCACCUUUUGGGAUCUCUUGAUUAGGGCCAUUACUUGGAACAUUUGGAUCGAAAGAAAUGCACGCAUUUUCUCUUCCUCUUGUGCCUCGAAUGCUACAAUUAUUGUGAAAAUUGUUCAUAUGCUUCUUAUGUGGUUGAAUGCAGUUCCUGAAGCUAAAAGGGCUAAGCUGGAAGAGCCCAUUAAGAAAAUCAAGAAGAGCCUGGAAUUCGUGGCGACUAGGGAGGUGGAGCUCAAUGCCCCUCCGGAGCAUAUCUCUUCUACGGGAGAAGUUUAG